AUGGCAUCACUGAUGGGCACUGUCGCGUCAGUGUUUGCGGGGUCUCCGAGAACCCCAUCAAGUGGAGAUUUGACGGAACAGCUUGCUAAUGCCGAAGAUUAUCUUCGGAUCCCACUCAGAAGCUCUGAAGAUCGUGAAAGCUCUGGUCGGGUGGAAUCCAGUGUUCGAGCCGAGAAACAGAAUCGUGUCCAUUACCCCAGCCAGCUUGUUAUCGGCGAAGACGACGUUGAGAAGAUUGAAAUACCCUGCCCUCCACCCCGGAAGAUUCCUCGGGCAGAGCGCCUCUUAGCUGUCAUAAUGUCACCCAAUAAUCGACAAAGCGCACACUCGCAUGGCUUGGUUGGGAAGCCAUUACUGUACUUUACGAGUGUUUUCGUAUCCUUGGGCGUCUUCCUUUUUGGUUAUGACCAAGGUGUUAUGUCUGGGAUCAUAACAGGCUGGUAUUUCAAGGAUUACUUCAAUCAACCCUCGCGAGCUGCAAUAGGUACGGUGGUUGCGAUCCUCGAAGUAGGGGCUUUCAUAUCUUCUCUACUUGUCGGCCGACUCGGCGACUUAAUCGGACGCCGCAAAACGAUCUUGUAUGGCUCCAUAGUAUUCUUUAUUGGCGGUGCAUUGCAGGCCUUUGCUACCGGGUUGCCUAUGAUGAUGGCCGGUCGAAUCGUCGCAGGUUUGGGCGUUGGGGCCUUGUCGACAAUUGUACCAGUCUACCAGUCUGAAAUAUCGCCCCCUCACAACCGAGGGAAACUGGCAUGUAUCGAGUUUACAGGGAACAUCUCGGGAUACGCAGCCAGCGUCUGGGUGGAUUAUUUCUGUAGCUUUAUAGAAAGUAAUUACUCAUGGCGCCUACCGUUGUUGUUCCAGUGCGUCAUGGGUGCUCUUCUUGGUGUGGGUAGCCUCAUCAUUUGCGAGUCGCCAAGGUGGCUGUUGGACAAUGACCACGAUGAAGAGGGUAUGGUUGUCAUUGCAAAUCUAUAUGGAAGUGGAGACUUGCACAGUGACAAAGCCAGACAAGAGUAUAGAGAGAUCAAGAUGAACGUUCUUCUGCAAAGGCAAGAAGGCGAACGAUCUUACGCUGAUAUGUUCAGGCGUUACUAUAAAAGGGUCUUGAUAGCGAUGUCGGCACAGGCCUUAGCUCAGCUCAACGGUAUCAACGUCAUCUCGUAUUACGCCCCGCUUGUAUUCGAAUCAGCAGGUUGGGCUGGCCGUGACGCUAUCCUGAUGACUGGGAUCAACGCAAUCUCGUAUCUGGCCUCUACAGUACCUCCAUGGUAUCUGGUGGAUCGCUGGGGGAGGCGCCCCAUCCUUCUUUCUGGAGCGGUGGCAAUGAUUGUUUCACUCUCCCUGAUUUCCUAUUUCAUAUAUAUUGACGUCGUGGCGACACCUACUCUCACUGUCAUCUUUGUCAUGAUCUACAAUGCUGCUUUUGGUGCAUCAUGGGGACCCAUACCAUGGCUCUACCCCCCGGAAAUUCUCCCAUUGAGCAUUCGUGCAAAGGGCGCAAGUCUCAGUACAGCCACUAAUUGGGCUUUCAAUUGGCUUGUCGGAGAGGUCACGCCUGUCUUACAAGCUGCUAUCAAGUGGCGCUUGUACCUGGUGCAUGCGUUUUUCUGUGCCUGCAGCUUUGUCCUGGUUUACUUUUUAUAUCCGGAAACGAGUGGUGUCCGCUUGGAAGACAUGAAUUUGCUGUUUGGGGAUGCAACUACUGCCAUGCCAACACCAGCAACUCAGGGAGAACGUGGCUCCCUCAUGAGUGCAGGCUCUCCUGUACCUUCGCUUGACAUCAGACGCCAGUAUGGCCGUCUUGGGGCAGACAGCGCCAUUCCUGGCUUGGACAUUGACCCACCGAAUGUAAGUUCUAGUACCGGUAGCAAGCCUGGCAGGACAGGCUUCCGGGAAGACACUAGUAGUCGCUCAGAGGGCUUUGGAGGCUGGAUUUCGAAUAUGAUUACCCGACACAAAGGAUCGGAAUCAACAGGACAGGCCGGUCAGUAUAGACGUCUUGGGCAGGAGGAGAAUGAGUAG